CGGAAACUUAGUGGAGGAGCCGCGUAUUGCCGCUGUCGCAGGCCGAGUUGGCGCCGAGCUGCCCUCCCCUCCUCCCUCCCCUUCCCGGGGGCGAGCGAGCCCCUUCCCGGCGCCGGCAGGCUGAAAAGGAGCAGAGAAAGGAGAUUGUUGUCUAUACAACUCAAGGUCGUUCACGGGUGGCUAAGGAAGAAUGUGGUUGCUGCACUGAUUUGUGGAUAGUGGAAGGACUUUGGUCUGUUGUUCCAGCUCUGGGGUCCCCUGUGCGACAGCUGCUCCGUGACACGUUUCCCGGCUGCUGGGCCGAGCGUGCCCACUCCCGGCUCUCAUGGCUGAUCCUCUGGCAGAAGAACGCGCGUCCCAAGCCAGUGAGCUCUGCUGCGAGUGCGGGCAGUUCCACCUCUUGCUGGACAAUCACCUCUACAACUUCCAGGAUGAAGUGGACGAUGAGCUCAUCUGCCACAUCUGCCUUCAGCCUCUGCUCCAGCCUAUGGACACCCCCUGCGGACACACGUACUGUUUCAAGUGCCUUGAAAACUUCAUGCAGGAGUACAACUUCUGUCCCAUGGAUCGGAAGAAGCUCUCUUUCCAGCAGUGCCACAAGUCCAGCCUUCUAGUACGAAACCUCUUGGAUAAGCUGAUUGUCUUGUGUCCCUUCAAGGCAGAGUGCCAGCAGAUAAUGCAGCGGUGUGAGCUAGAAGCUCAUCUGCAGAACAGGUGUCCUGGUUUCAAGAAAUACAAAUCUGAACUACAGCGGAAAAAGAGUCCUGUUUCCAAAGGGAAGGAAGAUCCUCCUGCCAAGGUGGAGCCAAACACGCCCAAGGACCCGGAGGUGCCGAGCGGAGGGUCGUCCCUUGUGGCAGAAAGCUCCGCAGCGGCCGUGGUGUCGCUGGGGACUGCAGAGCCUGGGCUGGUUAAUCCAGCUUUUGAGGAGACUGAAGAAGACCUUCCUCAGAGAACUAGCCUUGUGGCUGAAACAAACACAAUUGAAAUUCACCGAGAAGACCCGGAGGAAGAGCUGGGGAUGAGGAUAGUUGGGGGUAAAGACACCCCGCUAGGAAACAUCGUUGUUCAAGAAGUCUUGCGGGAUUCUGUCAUUGCUGCGGAUGGAAGAAUAGCACCUGGGGACCAUAUUCUUGAGGUGAAUGGCGUCAACAUCAGCAGCGUGACUCACUGCCAAGCUGUCUCCUUCCUGCGCCACCCAGGUCCUGUUCUCCACCUCAUGGUCCUGCAGGAGAAGGGAUUUUCCAACAAGACUGCACAGCAGGAUUCCACUUCUGCUACGAAUCGGGAAGUGAUCCACGUUACCUUAAUAAAGAGAGACCGAUCCGAACCCUUGGGAAUCAAACUGAUCAGGAAGACAGAUGAGGCAGGGAUUUUUAUUCUAGAUAUGUUAGAGGGAGGUUUGGCAGCCAAAAAUGGAAAGCUGAGUCGGAAUGACAGAGUCCUGUCAAUAAACGGCCAGGAUUUGAGGCAAGGAACACCUGAGACUGCUGCACAGAUAAUCCAGACCACUGAAUCCAGAGUGAACUUUGUUGUCCUGAGGCAGCCAGGCGUACAGCUCUCGGACCCGGCAGAAGACGGCAGCACAUCAAAUAACAGCAGCAGCAGCAGCAGUAGCAACGGAGGGAGCCCCGUGCACCAUCGGAGACGACUAGACCAGAAUCACUACAGACGAAAAUCUAACUACCAGAAGGAUUUACCUCAGGGAUAUGCAAGUCAUGAAAAGACAGUUGCAAUAAAAAAGGAACCAAAGGAAUCUUUAGGAAUAACAAUUGGAGGCGGAAGGGAUAACAAAAACAAGCUCCCUAUAUAUGUAACGAGUGUGCAGCCCAUCGGAUGCCUCUUCAGGGACGGCAGAAUCAAGCGAGGAGAUGUACUUUUGAGCAUAAAUGGCAUUGAUUUGACUCACCUGAACUACUAUGAAGCUGUCUCAGCACUGAAAUCUAAUGCUGCUUCCCACUCAGUCGUACUGAAAGCCUUGGAAAUCAUUCCGGCGAACUCGGCAGAGCCGUCUCUGGACAUCAAGGAGCAAGGAUUCAGCUGGUCUCCCCUCUGGAUCACAUGGCUUGGAUUGCCCAGCCACCUCCACUGCUGUCAGGAUAUUGUCCUCAGCAAAGGGAACCUGGAGAGCUGGGGCUUCAGCAUUGUCGGCGGCUUUGAGGAGAGCAAAGGAAACCAGCCAUUCUUCAUCAAAACCAUCGUGCCGGGCACUCCUGCCUUCCGAGACAGGAAGCUUAAGUGUGGAGAUGAAAUAGUGGCAGUAAAUGGAGUGCCAGCAAUAGGAAUGAGCAACUCUGAACUAAUCCCAAUGCUGAAGGAACAACGGAACAAAGUGACGCUGACUGUGGUGUCCUGGCCGGGAAGCCUCGUGUGAAAGCUCAAACGAAACACCCAACACUUGCAGGUACCAGUUGGCCAUCCCGCAAAGCUAAAGACGUGACAGACCAAGGGACUGCUGAACUCCUGCGCCGCAGUGAAUUGCCAUGGAAGACUUUUGGUGUCCUGUUUGCUGAAAACCUGUCAUUACUGUGCUGAGGUUAUCAACAAAUCUGGUGGUUGAUUCAAAGCAACUGUUAAUCUGAACAGUUGUUGUGGCUUCCUGGGCUCAUUAAAGCUCUUUAGGGUGGUGAUGCAGGGAAAGCUCUUUUUCCUGUGUUUCUCUACAAAUCUCCUUUGAGGCGCUUUGCUCCAUUUUAGAGCUCUGCUUUCCCUUCAAGAUUAUGAUCAGGUUAAAACAGGCACGACUGCCCAAUUUCCCCUGCUAAUGUAAUACUGUUCUGCUACUGAUCUGACCGCCAUUCUUGGACAAUGAAUUAUUUUAUAUGUGCUUUUAAAAGCCAAUAAUAAAACCAUAAGGAUGGGGCCCUAAUGAAGCUGUUCCUAUAGACCCCAGUGUUGAUAUUCUUAGGUGUACUUACACCCAAUGAAUGUGUUUAUACAAUAAAGAACCAAUUGUAGCUCUCAUGGCUGACAGCAGAAGAGCACUGAGGUUAGGAGGAUGUGUUGACCCACAUGGGUCAACAGGUAGCUGUUGUGAAUCCCAAUUUAGGAUCCCACUGAAUGUACCAAUUUUUCGCGAAUGGGCAAUUUAGACUGUGUAAAAAACCACUGUUACAUAUAUCAGCAAAAGUGGUUUCACUGAUGUGACUUUAACAAAGUUCAUUCUUAUUGAUCAGAGGAUAUAACAAUGAUUCAAAGUUCCCAAGAUACAAGUUCAAGUUAUAAAACAAAGUUAUGCUGUAUGAUGUUGGUCGCUUCCCAAAGAUCUCAGCUUUGAGGAGGAACCUUGAGAGGUGUCCAUGCAGCAGCUGCCUGGCAGGAGAGCUCAGAGAAGGGUCUCUUAGGAUGUCAUAUUUAUGGAAUAAAGUGGUUGGCUUGUGGUCAAAUUGCACGUGAUGGACACAUGAGACUCUUAGUGUCCUCGGUCCCUGGUCCAAGUUGUGGAAAAGCCACCUGCUGUUCAUGUGCUAAUCACAUGAUGGGUGUUCCAAGCUCACACGCAUCAACACUCACGGUGUCACUGUGGGGUUUCAGAGACCAGCCUGGUUACAGCUGCGGCCCUGACCUCCUUUGGAGCCUCUACCAAACUGCCACUAGUUUUGUUAAGGAAUCAAGUGCCUCCGUCACAGUAGCCAGAGACAAGGAACUUGUUUCAUUUUCAUCCCCUUCCUCAGCUUGAUUUCCCUGCUUUUAUGACUUGAUAAAAUGACCAAGUUUUCCUACAGUAGGCAGACGAUGAUGCAAAGAGGCUUGUUACAAGACACCUCUGUCCCAGGAUGCUUGUUUUUACCAGUUUCCAGAGAUCAGAGGCAGAAUCAAGGCAGGGGGAGGCGGACGUACCUGACCCAGCAGGGUCAGGCAUGUGUGCUGAGCUCCUGCAGUUCUGUUCUGGUCCCUCAUGCAGCUGGAGCAAGUGACCACCUUGCUGGAUGAGGGCGAGCGCCCCAAGGGCCAUUGGCCACCUCAGCAGUGUGGGACCAACUGCAUGAACUAAGUGACCUGCAGGACAGUGCCCCACUUGGCUUCAGGUCAAAUCCACGCUAUUGUUACAAUUUAGAGUAAAAGAAUUAAAGCCAAGGCAGGUUGGUUUGACCUGUGACAACUUGCUGAGCGCCUACCCGGAAACUGCACGUGAACAGAUUCCCUCCUCUUUUAGCAGGUUGUUAUCAGCCAUAGAAACGUCAGACCAUUCCCAGAGCAGGUUUUAUUGAGAGAUCUUUCAUCUCAUGCUGUUUCUGCUCUCACUUUCCGGGGGAAGCUCAGCUUAUCAGAAUCAAAGGAGUUUCUCUCUCCUGUAAAAAUGCUACUUAGAAUGAAUGUUUAAUUCCUUCUUGUAGUAAACUGGCUGCAGGUAGGUGCCUGUCGUUGUCUUAAGCAGCGCUUUUCUUAGGGCUGGCUACUCCGUAAUUAGCAAUUACUGCAGAGCGGAAUCGUUCCUUGCUUGAUGACUCUGGUGUUUAUACGCAGUGACUCGACUCUCUUUGGCUGCUGGCAGCACCGAGCAGGGCCUGUUAACAGAGCCCAUUACACAGAAACAGCUUUGGAUCCAAAAACUUCCCUGGCACAUGGUGUGGCCUCUUUGUCUGGUCGACAAAUACCAUGUUGGACUGUGACAGCAGAACAGUGCCUGGCCAGCUGGGCUCUGGGGCCUUUUUUUAAUCUCCUUUUGUUGCUACUGAAUGCUGAAAGCAAAAUAACUCAAAAAGUCGGAAAGGUGCCUAUGGAAAACUAGUCACUCGACCUCUGUCUGACACAAAGGAACAGAAAAGCCUGAAGCAAUUUUUGUCUCUUUCCAAUCAAUGUGCAGAAUCUGUGCCUGGUAUGGAACAGUAAAUAUUUUUGUAGGUAGAGAGAGGGCGAUUCCUACUGGGUAGCACCAAAUGGAGAAAGUACAGUAGGAAAAAGCCAUGUAGAAGCCAAGAGGAUGCUGCAGAAGGCAGCGUGAUUUUUGCUAUUACUCCAUCUUGUUUCAAGGUGCCUUCAACUUCACCAAAAUGUCCUAGUAAUUUAAAUAGUGUUUCCAAGAUCAGCUUGUUAAUAGAUGUUGAAUUUGUUUUGAUGCCUUUAUAAAUUAUUGUAAUAUGACUGAAAAA